GGUCCCGGAUGUUCGUUAGCGACCGAACCUAUUGCAGAGGCCGCGCCGUAUUGGCAAGCAGUGCAGAUUGGUUACAGCGCAUCAUCACCUCAGUUUUCAAACAAAGAGAAGUAUCCUUUAUACUUCAGAACCGCCACUUCUGAAACAAUGGAAAACCCGGCUAGAGUCGCACUGUUUAAACAUUUUAAGUGGAAAAGAGUCGCCCUCAUUGUGGAAAACUUCGAUAUUUUUGUUACAACAAAAGAAGAUCUCAUUCCGAGGUUAAAAGAAUCAAACAUCACCGUUAUUGCGGAAGAAACCUUUAUAAAGGAUCCGUCUUCAUCAGUCAAAAAUUUACUGAAGGAGAAAGAUGCCAGAAUAAUCAUUGGAUUGAUGUACGAGGACAUGUUUAAAAAGGCUAUGUGCACUGUGAGUAUUGAAUUUGGCGAGAUAAAUCAUCUUGCCAACUACCACUGA